UUUACUUUCAAUUGCGACAAGUUCCUUCAGCAAAGAAGAAGAGAGAGAGUUGAAAAUGCUUAAUUUUAUUAUUGUUAUCAUUAUCAUUUGAGGAACUUUUUGCUAUUUUCUAAAAGUAUGCAUUGUUGGGAACUAUUAAUUCAAGCAUGAAUCCAACUGAUAAUCAGAGUUUAAAUGAUUUUGCUGUUAUUGAAGGUUCUGCUGAUAGUGAUCCAACCACAAAUCUAAUCGAAGACGAUAUUCAGUGUGGACUGAUAUUUUUCAGUGAGACAACAAGGGUGCUGAAAUUUUUUUGCACGUAUUGUGAAAAAGUUAGCGAAAAUAUAAAUUACUUUUGUCAGCAUUUAAGUGAACACAUAAACGAUGAUGACAAAGAACGGUUACACGGAGAAUUCACUGCUGCUGUCACUCAUGAAGAUUCGUUGGAUGGUGACGCUACAGCAACGACGACAACAACAACAACAACAGCACGCGAAGAGGUAACAUACGAAGCUAGUCCAAAUCAAUCACUACUUCCUUGCGAUUUAGCCGGUUUUGAUGAAUCGAAAAUGGUUGUGGAAGAAUUGGAUGAAGCCGAGGAAAUAGCUGCAGAAGUGGAAGCUGAAAUGCGUCAAGAAUUAGAAGGUGAACAAAUGUACGGAAAUGAUGAAAAUAGUUGUCCAGAAGAUAUUUUUGAUUACGUACAAGCUGGUGAUUGUAUGUCUGAAAAUCAUUUGAAAACGGAAAACCAAAAAAGAGAACAUGCGUCAGCAGAUGACUUUAAAAAAACGUCUGAAAGACAUGUUAAAACAAUGCAAUUUAAGAAUUCCAACAAAAAGAAAAAACGUGUAACAACCGUAAAAGUUAUUGCUUUGAAAAAUAGAGUAGCGGAGCUUUAUGAGCGUAUUAAGCUUGAAGAGGAGCGACGGUCUCGAAUUUAUGCCACAAAUCCUGACAGUUGCGAUGGAAACGAUUUACCAGUGGAUGAGCAAAAUGAUACGCCCGUUGAUGGCAGUAUUGAACCAAUGCGCCAAAUAAUUGGCGAAACGGUCAUAACAUUAUUGCCUCAAAAUCACGAAACGAAAGUUGAACUUGCCAAAUUCAGCGGCAAUAUAACGCCAAUGAUAAAUCACAUAAACAGACAAGACAGCGCCGAUGAUAAGACGACUUGUCCUGCUUGUGGCAGAAAAUUCAGGAGUGCCUUUAGUCUUACCAUUCAUAAGCGUACACAUUAUCUGGAAUCCGAUAGCAAUGUAAAAUUGGCGCACAAAUGUUCCGACUGUGAUCAGCUGUUUAAUAAAAUUCCCGAUUUAAAGGAUCACAUACAACAAGUGCAUUAUCCAGAUGGAUUUAUAUGCAAAAUAUGCAAUAAAAAACUCACAAGUCUCACACUUUUAGAGACACACAUGAGAAAAGUGCAUCUUUCUAGACCAUUUAAUUGUGAGAUUUGUCGAAAGAACUUCGACACUCGCGAUCGGUUUGAGGAGCACGUUAAAGCACAUGUAUCCGGUCAACCAUAUCGUUGUCACAUAUGUGGACGAAAAUACAGUACAGAAUGCAUACUUAAGCAACAUCUCCGUAGACAUAAAGAGCAAAUUCCGCAAUGUUGUGUGGUUUGUGGGAAGAUGACUUUGCGUAUAACACAGCAUAUGAAAAUCCAUGCACCGCGUCCAAAAAGGAUACUAAGCUGCAAAGCAUGUGGUAAAGUCUUCAAUUUCAGUUCAGGUUUGAGUCACCAUUACAAAGUAAUGCAUAAACUUCAGAAAUCACCUUCGAAACCAAAGCAAGAAAAUGCUGAGGAAAUGCCAACCGAUCAAGGGUUCAAAACUGAAUUAGUGGAGUUUAAAGAAGAAGCUGCUGGAACAGAAAGCACCGAAGAGAUCAUACAAAAAGAGGAGGAGGCAAAACGUGUAAUCGUCGAACUUAUACAAAAUGCAACGUAUACUUCGUUUUUUCCUGAAAAUUUUAAUAGUUCGAUGGAUUCUGGACCACCGAUAGCACGUGAGGAAACGAUUUCGGCUGUAAAUAGCAUUGUGAAUGAAGAAAACUCCUGAAAGGAGUAAUAUUUACACGUUAACUUAUCGGAAUAUUUUGUAUUUGUUGAUAGAAUAAUAAUAAUUAUAAAAAAAUCAUAAAUAAACAUUAAAAUAUUAUUGAA